GUGCAGCAGGUACCCACGGACCGGCGGCCGCGCUGGCCGUGCCCGCAGCUCCCAGUCUGUUCCCAUGUGCACCCUGAGCCGGCCAUGCAGACCGUGAGAGGGCCGGCAGAGGGGGCGGAGGAGCCGCCGGAAGCAGGAGAGGUGGAGGGACAGAGCGCCGAGCAGCCGCCGCCGCCGCAAUCCCCGAACAGGGAGCGCGAGCAGGACUCGGAGCAGGAAGAGGCCGCGCCGGCGGCCGCCGCCCGGCCCGCGCCGCUCAAACGCGACCGCCGCCUGCCCAGUCUGCGGCUGGCCAACGGCCGACUCGGCGCGGCCAACGGCGCGAGCGGCGGCGGCAGCGGCGGCGGCGGCGGCGGCGGCAGCGGAGGGCUCACCGGCGCCGGCAGCGGCGGACUGGGCAGCGGUGGCAUCGGCAGCCUCGGCAGCGGCGGCAUAGGUAGCCUCGGCAGUGGCGGCAUCGGCAGUCUCGGCAGCGGCGGCGGCGGCAGCCUGACGGGCGCCGUCGGCGGCGGAGCGUUCGACCCGUCGGCACCUCCCCCCGAAGGCGUCGAUACUGCGCCGCGGCCCACGCUGCCCGCCGCCGAGGGCAACGGCGCCUCCGACUCGCUGGUGACGGCCGCGGACGACAGCGAACUUGUCAGUGACUAUAUCUCUCCCGAAAUGAACUACCGUGAGCAGAAGGUGCGCAUUCAGAGUCUGACGGACGAGGGUAGCCUGUACGGCACGCCGCGGGAGGAGGUGCAGCAUGGCGUGCCUCUGGCCACAGUCUCGUCACCGCCCACGUCGCCGACGGCGCACUACGAGCCCAAACAGGGCUUCAUCCGGUACCAGCUGUCGAACCUGUUCCAGCCCACCGACAACAAGCUGGCCAUGAAGCUGUUCGGCUCGAAAAAGGCCCUCAUGAAGGAGCGGAUACGACAGAAGGCCGCAGGACACUGGAUCAUCCAUCCGUGCUCCAACUUCAGGUUUUACUGGGACCUGUGUAUGUUAUUACUCCUGGUGGCAAACCUGAUUAUAUUGCCCGUUGCGAUCUCCUUCUUCAACGACGAAUUGAGCUCACGAUGGAUAGCGUUCAACUGUUUGUCGGACACCAUCUUUCUCAUCGAUAUCAUUGUAAACUUUAGAACAGGGAUUAUGCAUCAAGACAAUUCAGAGCAAGUGAUUUUGGAUCCCAUCUUGAUAGCAAGACAUUAUCUGCGUACGUGGUUCUUCCUCGACCUCAUAUCUUCCAUACCACUCGACUAUAUUUUUCUCAUCGUAAAUCAAAUCUACAAGAACCGUGCCGCUGAUGGCGAAGCCGACCAGGACUUCACGGAAAGCUUCCAGAUCCUGCACGCCGGCCGCGCGCUGCGGAUCCUCCGGCUGGCCAAGUUGCUCAGUCUGGUGCGGCUGCUGCGACUGUCGCGACUCGUGCGCUACGUUAGCCAGUGGGAGGAAGUGUAUAUAUUACAGAAGCACCAAAAGCAAGCGCGUCAAAGACGAGACGCCAAGGCAGAUGCUCCCAAAAGUAAAGCCAAGUUGAAAUCUGGUGUGUUGGUGAAGUUCCUGAACAUGGCGUCAGUGUUCAUGCGCAUCUUCAACUUGAUCUCCAUGAUGCUGCUCAUCGGACACUGGUCGGGCUGCCUGCAAUUUCUGGUGCCGAUGAUGCAGGGCUUCCCGUCCAACUCGUGGGUGGCCAUCAACGAGCUGCAGGGCGCCUAUUGGCUGGAGCAGUACUCGUGGGCCCUGUUCAAGGCCAUGUCGCACAUGCUGUGUAUAGGUUACGGCCGAUUCCCGCCACAGUCGCUGACGGACAUGUGGCUUACCAUGCUGUCCAUGAUCAGCGGCGCCACGUGCUACGCCAUGUUCCUGGGGCACGCCACCAGUCUCAUUCAGAGUUUGGACUCGUCGCGCAGACAGUACCGAGAAAAGGUCAAACAGGUGGAGGAGUACAUGGGCUACCGCAAGCUGCCUCGCGACCUUCGGCAGAGAAUCGCCGAAUACUUUGAGCACCGGUACCAGGGCAAGUUCUUCGACGAAGACAUGAUUCUCGGGGAGCUCUCAGAGCGGUUACGAGAGGAUGUCAUCAACUAUAACUGUCGAGCGCUGGUCGCGUCGGUGCCCUUCUUUGCCAACGCCGACCCGCAGUUUGUCACUGACGUGGUGACCAAGCUGGCGUACGAAGUGUUCCAGCCAGGUGACAUCAUCAUCAAGGAGGGCACCAUCGGCAACAAGAUGUACUUCAUCCAGGAGGGGAUAGUGGACAUCACCAUCAACGGUGAGGUGGCCACCUCCCUCAGCGACGGCUCCUACUUUGGCGAGAUCUGCCUGCUGACCAACGCGCGCCGCGUGGCCAGCGUCAGGGCCGAGACGUACUGCAACCUCUUCUCCCUGUCCGUGGAGCACUUCAACGCCGUGCUCGACAGCUAUCCGCUGAUGCGACGCACCAUGGAGAGCGUAGCUGCCGAAAGGCUAAAUAAGAUCGGCAAGAACCCGAGCAUCGUCUCGAACCGGGAGGACCUGCAGUCGGACUGUCGGACGGUGAACGCGCUGGUGAGCGCCAUCGCCGUCCAGGAGCCCGAGGGACCCAGCUCCGAGGAGGAGUCGGAGCCGCACCACAACAGCAUCAGCCUCCACCACCUCUCCAUCGGGCGGGCGCUCGCCCGGCUGCCGCGGCCAAAAUCGGAGAACAACUUCGCGAGAGCCGAGGAGGCGUGUCGGCGCACCGGGCACCGUCCCUCCUUUCACAAGUCCGACAUCAUCUUCAAGUCAGAGGUCGGGCCCGGCUGAGUGAUGUGCGGGCCGCGCGCCGGCUGGUUGGCUCGGUCGCCGUCGCUGCUGGCCGGCCCGGUCGCUGGUGUUGUUGAUUUUGUAAGGUUUUACAUAGCGCUUGCUGCCGGAGCGGGUAGGAGGGCGCUGUGGGGGACGGCCGGCCGCCACUCCCGGCCGCGCCACGCCACCUGCCGGCGGUAGAAAGUGCCUGGUCCAUGAAAACACUGCAGGUCGCGCGAGAGAGUGAUAUUAUUGUUGUUGGAGCUGUGUGCGGGGUGCCGGCCACAAACCGCGUCGGCCGCCCCGAGGGUGACUGAGGAGCUACAGGCGAGAACACGAGCGACCCUAGGCCCGAUCCGAUAGUACCGUCCCAUAACGUGCCGCGCGCGAUUAGCGUAGUCGCCUGCCGAGCCACCUAGCUGCGCUGAGCCGGGUGUCGGUGGCGCCACCUGCAGUAAGGAUGUCGCCACCUGCGUGGAUGCUGGUGGCUGUGCGAGGGAUGUCUGCCAACCGCCGUGUGAUGCUGCGCGGUGACAUAGCAUGUGAACGGGCCUGUGGGAUAACUGGCCGCUGAUCUGUACAUAAGGGGCGCUGCUGGCGGCGAUGAGUUGCUACGUGCGAUCCAGGGGUGGCGAGACAAGGUUCAAGUUCGUGGAAAACGUAUUCCUGUGCGGUGGAGCUCAUCUAGGGCGUUUAUUUCCCGAAUGCUUACAAAUGACGUGCCCAGACCACGAGGGCCUGAAAAACUCACACGUACGUGGUAAAUAGUCGCCGCUUGAAGUUUUACCGCCGAUUGAAUCAAAGGGUUUCGUAGUGCUCUAGCAGCCCAGUCAGUGACCGAUAGUAGUGAUUUACAGUGAGAGUAAUGCGACUCCCGGGAUGUUAGGCCGGAGCGACCUUUCGGCGCGCCUUCGGGCGGCCCCGUGCCCCCUGUGACGUGACAUGACCUCGGCUAGUGACCUUGACCCGGACGGGGCCCUGCGAUGGCCCCGGGUGUGUGCCCCCCAACACGCGCCGCCAAAGGGUAGGAGCGCGGGCAGUGGCAGCGGCAAUGAACUUCGCUAAGGGGAGGCUUCACUGGAGCUAUGCUUAGCCACUUCGAUGAAAAGUUUUAGCCGUUCUGGAGAAUCUCCCGCUCUCCAUGUAUCUCUUGUAGUGCUCAUUGAAGUUUGGUUCGCAUAGCUCACCCACACGAUCACACUGUUUCUGAGGCUACGUAGCGGAGUGUGUCGAUCUCCCUGGCUUGUGUGCGGCUGUCGGCUGGCUGCGCGGGUGUUCUCCCACUCGACAGUCGCUUCUUCGUGUCGCCCUAGCCAUAGACAAGGCUCGUCGGGCCCGCUUCAGUGCCGCUCCGCCAGCCGCCGUGGGCCGCUCUCUCCUCUCUCUCUCUCUCUCUGCUCUCUCCUCCCCUCCCCUCCAGCCGCUCAAGUCGCGCGCGCACACCAGCCGCCCCGCCCCGCCCGCCCGCCACCAGAGGUUCGCAUGCCUGGGGCGCCUCUCCCCGCCUGCAGACCGGUAGCCCUAGAGGGUAACGCGUACCUUUGUGUGGUAGGCACGAGACUCACGUUGUGAUAGAUAUGGAGCAAUAUUAGCCUACCUAGGUGUAGUGCUCAUUUCUGUAUUAUAUCUUGUACAAGCAGGU